UGAUUUUUGCUGUAGCCAUAUUCAUCACUUACGCUCUCCAGUGUUAUGUGCCGGUUGAUAUUGUUUGGAACACCUACAUGAAGAAGAAUAUCUCAACAAAACAUUUAUUUUGGGAGUAUGUUCUUCGUACCGCUGCAGUGCUAAUCACAUUUGUACUAGCAGUUGCCGUGCCUCGCCUCGAACUGUUCAUCUCGCUUUUUGGCGCAUUCUGCCUUUCAGCACUGGGAAUCGCUUUCCCGGCAAUCAUUGAGAUCUGUGUCAUGUGGCCUGACAACCUGGGCACCGGCUACUACAUUCUCUUCCGCAACUUCCUGUUGAUUCUGUUCGGUAUUGCUGGUCUACUGGUUGGAACCUACACCAGUAUCAGCGAUAUUAUAACUUCUUUCUCGAAAUAGACUUACUGAAAAAGUAGAACUUCGUUUUUUAUUUACGUUAUUGGGAUCUAACGGUUCAUUAGGCUCUCAGCUAUUGCUCAAACUUGGAAUGAUUUAAUAAACAUUCAAAUGAUGUGUAAUCCAUUUUAUGGAACAUUAUGACAUUGUGGGAGGAAUGGAGAGGAAUAUCAAAGGAGGCUAGGGUAACCAAAUGAGAUGUAGCACCAAGUAAUUCGGUACAGGCCUACUGUCCUUUUCGCAUAUAAGUUCGCCAAUAGAGCCCAAAAUUAUUAAUAGUCAAAUCUAUGAAUCAACCAGAAUACAUAUUGUCUAGAGUACUCCAAAUGAGUGGGCCUAAUAUGUGUAAUGAGACUCAUCAAUUGGACAACAGUAGAUAUGUUGUCUA